CUUCUUUUUUGUAUUACUUCUAUUCUUCAAAAUUUUUAAAUUUAUAAAAACAUUUAAAAAUAACUAUAAAAUAUAUUUAUACUGUAAUCUUAUGCUUCCUAACUCCUGGCUUGUUAACAGAAGAAUUUUGCAAAAAUAAACCGCCAUUGCGUUAUGGUUUUGAAGAAAGAAGAGAAGUAUUGACUUUGUUUUUUAUAAACUAGCAACAUAUUCUUGGUUUAACAAUUGAAGAAAAUACCUUAAACACGUAUUUCAAAAUUAGAUAAAUAAACAGUAUAAUAGUGUAUGGAUUAGUUUGGAAGAAAUCAGAAAAUCCUCGUAAUUAAAAUGUUUCCAACUUUGGCUUAUCGUCUUGAUUAUAAACACAAUUUUUGUGUUGCAUUGGUUUUCUGUCAAGUCAGAGAUCUGCUAAAUGGGUGAGAAGAUGAAAUCAGGAAAGAAAUGGAGAUGGGACGGUUCGAUGCCCUACGUUUUCGUAUUGACCCAGUUACUAAGCACGACCCGUUUCAGAAUAGUUUCAAUGCCGAUAUAGGCAGGAAGAUUAUAACUGAUUUCAUAAAAGAUGGAUGAUACAAUGAUGACUCUUCCACCUUCCGACAGAGGAAGAUGGAAUAGAGAGGUAGGAGAAGAAAUUUGGAGGAGGAAAAAAGCUCAUGACGAUAUAAGAAAAAAAGACGAAAUGAUCAAGAACUCCCUGCAGCCAGUAUACUGGCCAUUCGGUUUGCCCGGUGGAGGAGCGCCCAAUGCUUACACCAACCGGAGGCAAGUUCUGAGGUGCUUCGACCCAGCCCAACCGAAUACAGAUUGUGGGAUCCCAAACCUACCUGCUAUUAGGAGGCGAGUGAAGUAUUCUGAUCCGGAAUUAAGGUUUCAAAAUCAUCCUGAUGUUCGCAGGUCGGUGGAUAUUCACUGGAGAUAUGGAUUCUUGCCUGAGAUCAAAGCGUCUUAUCGUUUAGAACUGGAGCGGCAGAUGGCUGAGAAGCAACAGCGGCGUGCAGAGGAGUGGAGGAGGCGGCUGCAGCAAGAGGUUCAGAAAGGAAUGACUACAGACUUCGGGAGAACAGGACCAGGUGGACAUCAGUGGAGGCAUCCAGCAAAAGUUGGGAUGAACUUUCUUCACUCUUUGGGGUGGACUGGAGAGAAGGCUUUCCGCAGACUUGAAGACCAAAUAGACCAAAAAGGCAAAGUCCCGAAGCAGCUCAUGAUCAAUGAUAAAGCUCAUGAGAGCUAUUCUACGCCAGAGGAAGCGCUGACAGGAGGCAUUGAGUUGGUACCCCUGAUGGCGAGGAGGAGGUCCUUCAAGAAGUCUUCUCACCUUCCAACCUGCGAUGUGACCAACGCGGCUAUCACCCACGGUAAAGAAGCUUGGCAAGACACUUCUGGACCGGUGGAUUAUUUGAGAGAUCUCAAUGCACAGGUUAAUAUGAAGAGGGGACAAGUUAAGGCAGAUAAAGAGGAAGACGUGAAGACCGCUCAGCGACACUUCGAGACUUGGAAUUCGCUGUGGGGCCGGCCUGGACACGGCGCCCCUCGGGCCGGAGGAGCCAAAGGGAAAGGAAACCUCGGACGACUGCUCUACCAAGAGACUGGAGUGCUCUGGCCUGCCAGCGGGCAGAGAGUGCGGUAGUCGUGGCGGUCCAAUCCUGUACAGGCGUCGCAGCUGUAAUAAAUACUUGCUAUGUAUUGC